AUGGAAAGCAAGGCACGCAACACAAAUGUUGUUAGGGAAAAUCGGUGCAUUGAUUGGAAUGUGGUGGAUGAAUCUAGGCGCACAAAUAAGCAUUUGUGUUGCUGCGAAGGAUUCUGCACGAAAGAGGACUAUGAAGAGAUCGAUGCUUUCUUCAAACAACAUCCGGUUUCCUGUGCUAGGGCAGUUCAGCAGGCGUUAGAAUCAAUUCAAGUGAACAUUGGCAUCCUAGAAAGAGAUGCUGAACUUUUGGGUCGCUUUCUGGUUGAAUUCAUGGGUCACGCUAAUGAUUCUCAACCAUAG